GGGAUAUCCCCGUCGGCGCGCGCUGCCCGUGCGCCUCCAUCGCAGCUGAUGAGGCCGCCUGCUCAGUGCGACUCUCUCCGCCGCCGCCCCGCCGCCGGGCGCAACGGGGUGGAUGAAACAUGUUCAGCGUUUUUGCUAACUGCUGCAGCUGGGUUAAGUGGAAACGCAAGCCUAUGAGGGAUGUAACCUUGGUCAUGCUUGGAUUGGACAAUGCUGGAAAAACCGCUGCUGUCAAGGGGCUACAAGGAGAGGACCUCAAGGACAUCACCCCGACAGUGGGCUUCUCCAAGGCGGAGAUGCGCUUCGGCCGCUUUGACGUUACGGUGUUCGACCUGGGCGGAGGGAAGCCCAUCCGGGGCAUCUGGCACAACUACUUGGCAGAGGCUCACGGCGUGGUGUUCGCAGUCGACUCAAGCGAUGCCGAGCGGCUGCAGGAGGCGCACGAGACGCUGUCGGCAGUGCUGGUCGACCCGCGCGUCGCCGGCAAGCCCCUGCUAGUGCUGGCCAACAAACAGGACAAAGUCGGCGCCCUGGGUGCAGCGGAAGUGAUCGAGCACCUCUCGCUGGAGCAGCUCGUCAACGAGAACAAGUGCAUCUGUCACAUCGAGACGUGUUCGGCCGUGGUUGGCAGCGGCAAGAAGCAGGACCGCGCCAUCGUGACCGGGCUGCACUGGAUCCUGCGCACCAUCAACCACGACUACGCCGAGCUCAAGGAGCGUGUGGAGCGCGACACGGCCGCUCAGCGCGCGCAGGAGGCCGCCCAGCGCAAAGAGCGCAGGGAAAGGGUCCUGCGGGUUCGCCAGGAGAGGGACCAGCAGGAACGUGAAGAGGCGGAGAGACAGGGGAAAUCUGUGAUGGGGGACGAGGGCAAUGAGGUGAUGGAAAACCCCUUCCAGCCGAUUGAGAACGUCAUCGCCCAGAAUGAAGAUCGAAUGAAGCGAGAGAAGGACACGGCGAAGAGGAGCGCGAGCGCCCUCAACGGCGAGGUGGUGCUGCAGGAGAAGGAAACGUCGGCUGCGGGCAACGCGGAGCCCGGCUUGGGGGAGCGAGGCCCCCCCGCGUUGGGUGACAGCGCGGACGAGGCGGGACGACCGGCGAGCGGUAGCGCGCGUUUCCAACACUCGGAGGGCGACACCGACCGCACCGACACGACCAGCGCCGGCGUUGAUGAGAAGCCCAAAAAAAAACGCAAGAAGGUGAAGCGGAACAAGGUGGAGCCCGCCAACUUGGACGACCACACGGAGGGUGGCACCACCGCCUUCACGGCCACUACUACCUCUUCAGAUGUUCGGGGACGACCACUACCACCACUGGUCCUGCGUCCCAUUCCCAACAGCGAGUCCAAUGACAUUCUCAACUAAACAACCAACCCACAUAACCUACGACAUGAACAAACACCUGAGGACUCAUCGGGAACAUCAACAGACCACCCUAGUCGUCACGCGAAGAUCGGUCCAUAUGGGAUAUCUGAUCAUUUAAUUAUCGGUCCAAUUAUGAGUUUGAUUACUCGACUAAUCGAACAACACGAAAAUCGUUGGGGGGGGAAAAGUCGCACCUCUGUUCCUACGUGUGUCUCUGGACGAGAGGUGAUGAUGUCGUCAGCAUCAUCAGCCACAUCACGCUGGGUGUGGCUUGUAGGGGGUUUCCCACAUUCGAGAGGCAGGAUGUGGGGGUAGCCCCAGUUUUUAAAGAGGCCCAAGCAAUGGACCAUGAAACAAAGUCAAAUGCAAACUUUUAGUAAAAUAAUUCACGUAAUCGAAUAAUCGUCUGAGCUCUAAUCAUGUGUUUUCAUCACUAUUGAGCGACGUCAGAAACUUGCAUUUUUUCAUCUUAAGAACACGGGGUGAAAAGUCAUACUGUAGUCAAGCUGCCUGGUGAGUUAUUUCUAAUUGCCGCAUAUUGGCUAGAAUACUGAAUUUAAAUUGGUCAGAGAACGUGUUUAUUUUAAACUGAAGUAUAAAAAUACAGCACUAAUUUAGUUAACUUGACACUAUCAGAUAUAAAAAAAUAUAGAGGCUAAAAACUAUCAGUGACCAAACUGCAGAUGGAGCACAUUUCCUUUAGGUCUACCGAUUAACGUUUUAUAUUUUGAUGAAGACUCAAACGGGUUUCAAAAGAGAUUAGCAUGUUUGUUACGAUUUAUUUUAUUCAUACCUAACAGAGAAUGUGUGUGUUUCUGCAGAAAACGAGAGUGUGCUAUUUAACGCGAUCACAAAUACUGUCGCAUGAUGAUGAAAGGAAACUGUACGUAAUUAAACGUGGGACCACAGGACUUCACAGACAAACCAUGCCUUGCAAGGAACCAUAUGGUGUUCCUGAACAAAACAAACGCAUUCUACCUUCUGCUAAUAAUUUGGCACGUUUAGUAUUGUCGACUUUUGUUAUCGCGCAAGGCUAUCAUGAAAGCGCUCCAUUUCACAGAUAAAGUCGGCGAAUCCAGCUUGGAGGCUCAGUGGUAGAAUGAGCGGUAGCGUUAUACGCAGGUAAUUCUUCAAAUGUCGAAUAUUUAGAUCGUAACACAGGGCACCCAUAACCUACUCCUUUUCAAAUAACCUGGAUACUUAACGUCCACUGCAGUGCAAAUGGGUGCGUAUUCAUGGUUAAUACAUCCACAGUAUUAACCAGGGUGACCACUGUACUUGAACCGCAAAUCCCUGCAACAUCCGGCAGAUGCCCUACCGCUCGGCCACGUUGCUGCCCUAAGCAGCCUAAUUUUUUCUACGAACGCAUUGAUUUCAAACCUUCACAUGAUGGCUGCGUGCAACUCCUACAUUCAUUUUAACCAACUGUAGAUGUAUUUCAUACUUGUAAAGCCAAUUGGCUCAUGUAUACUUUUAUUUUUAUCCUCUGUGGAGCCCCUGAGUAAGGUGAUAUCAAAGUCAUGGAUUUAUGUCAGUUCAUUAGUUUUACAUGUUAUACGUCGUUUGAAGUUAAAUUUACAACUCAAAAACUCAACCACAUAAAUCAUUAACACUGCUUAUAAUGUAAAAAAUAUGCAGUGGCUGAUGUUUUGCGUGAAGGUGUUUCUUCAGAACAGAUGGAGAUGGCCGGGAUAGCUGUAGGUCACACUUUAUCCUCUAUGGAGAGGAUAAAUGUGACUGUUGGUCAUCUGGAUGGUCCGUUCAGAACUCUGGUUCCAAAGUGGACAAAGGGGGUGGGUGUGACCAGGGCCAUGCCUGGCCAGCUUCGUCUCCCCAGUGCUGAUGUUUUCACCCUGCAUCAGUUACUCAUUUAAAGUUGAUUCCACUGAACGGAGGCCCAGGACUGGUCCGUAUGUCUCUUGGCACCGAUAUUAGCCAUGGUAAUUAUUCGGCGUCUCUUAUUUCCCCUCUCCCACCCCUUUACGGAGGCCGCUGGGUCCACUAACUUCAGGCAGCAGCAUCCCCUCCCACCGUUGGCGAUCAUAUACACUAUCUGUCGCUGUCGAAUAACAGUAGACUACUUCUGCAGUCAACUUAAAACGGUUUCCUAGCUCUGUCAAAAUUACAAAGUUUCCUGCAAAUCCCCAGAAUAAAGUGCAGCCUCUACCAUUUGGUUCUGAAGGAAGACUGUCACCUGAAACUUCAGUUUGCUCCUUUGCAAGGCAUUGUAAACAAGUGUGGAGGUUUUUUUUUGUUAUAUUUUGUGUUGCCCCCUUUGCACAGAGUGGCCAAUGCAGUUCCUUAUUUGUUUUGUCGCUCCUUUGAAGUGUUUUUAUUUGUCAUUUUGAACGAGAAAGUCCACAUGCCGCAGAACAACCUGCUUGGAGAGCAAGUUUGUUUGCCACCGUGAUUUAGGUACAGGGUGACCCAGCUAUAGAUACCCUUGGUUAUUCAUACUUUAAGGGCUGUCUGGCUUUUACACGAACACAGCCACACAUUUUACUCAGGUUUUACGCAAUACCAUUCCUAAUGACAUACCGAGGCACAUCUUUCUGAGUUCACCUUUCAAAUACAAAUUCAUCGUUGCAUGCGUCUGAUGAAUUCUAAUCAUCACGUAAAUGUGUGUAUAUAAGUACAGCCCGUUUGCCAAUCUACUGCUGGAUGAGGGCCUCCCCAUGCUGUGCGAAUCGUGGAAGUUAUUUGACCAUACUUCACCAUGCAUGGGUGUUGGGGUGUACAGUACAAUGACUGACCUCUGCUGCCCACCAAAAACCCACAUCCUAUAAUACCUGUUAUACUCUUUGGUUCUUUCGGUAAAGUUACAUAGGUAUAAAUUAAAUCGCGACGUUUCGGGCGCAACACAAGCGUCCGUCAUCAGGUGGGACAACCACAGCAAUAAACAAUUGCUGCAUGGUUGUCAUUGAUCCAAGCACUAAUUUAGGGUCAACCCUGCUUAGUUUCUAAGGUCUGAUGAGAUCAGGAACAUUCCAGGGGUUGUCCUGGCUGAGCAGAGUUUGUGUGGCUGUUCCCAGCAUCUGUAUCUCCUGCUCCACGUACGAAGCAUUUCAACUCCCUCUACCUUCAGGAGUCGGUUGUUGAAGGCACCGCACUUGUUCAGACUGGCACACGAAGAACGUUGACCUUGUGCUUUGUACCUCCAAGUUCGCGUUUCGUAAACAUGUGUGUACGUUCCAAGUAGUUUUAGUCUGGGUAAUUUGGUCAGGGCUCACGUGGUGAGAAUUCUCUUUUAAUUAUCGCGAUAGCCAUCUUACGUGUGUUGUGUGUGUACAUGUCUUAACUUCAUGUAGAGCUCAUUUAAAUCGAUUGGCGAGCUUAACAUUUUUAAAGUGGAAAGAUGUGGAUUGUGAGAAAGUUUGGGAAACCCCGAUUAUAUCUACACAUGAACAUGUGACCAUCUUGCAUACAAGGAACCGAACCAACAUUUAUUUAGAAUCAUUGGCUCCGAAAACUACACCAGAAUGUGUUUUAGAGUAGGCUUUUAAAAUUAUCUGUCGGUUCCAACAACCUCUCUGGACCCACGGACUACAGCCAACUCUCAAAAACUGUUCAUGGAUCACCGUGCACCAAUAGCGUGGUUUUAAAACUUAAAAUUACUACAUCGUAGUGUCUGGAAGUUUUUUCAAACCACUUCCCACAUUGGCCUUGCGGACCACAGGUUGGGAACCAGUGAAUUGUUACCUAUAGUACGAUGCACUCCAAUUUUUUUACUUUUUAAUACCUAUUGCUUCUUCACAGCUACACAUUUAUGUAAAAAAAUGUCAGAACUCACUUCCCAACAAGCACGGUUUUUUUUAUGUGUACUUUAUAACGGCGAUGUUUUAAAUGACAUACAUUCAGCUGUGCUGUAUAUUUUUAAUGGAAUACAAAUAUCAGAUUUCUCAAUCGCUAAGAGGUCGGCCAUGAAGUCACCAACAUCAGUAUAUGUGUAUGUAGGUUCCAGGUAGAUUAUUACGUUAUUGGAUCACGAGAAGUGGUGGCUGCGACUUGGGAGGGGAGGAGGGGGUGGCCUUCGUCCAGCAGUGGAUUGUCCGUGGUUGAUAAAAGGUAAACUUGUAGUUGUUCACAGCUGGUUUGUAAAUGAUUAGCAUCAUUUUGGAUGAAGGCCGUUUUAUGAAGAGCACACUUUUUUCGUGCGCGUGUACUUUAAUGGCAGUAUUCACUUUAUUUUGUUACAAAUACCUUUCCGUGUAAUAUGCGCGUAGUCAAUAAACAUGACAUUGAAAAUUG